CACGAACGCCCGACGUGAAUCCGGAUUCUUCCAUCAAACCAAAAAGACGAAGAUAAAAGGAAUUGGUAAAUUUGGAUCUCCCUAAAAACAUGAUACUCCUCGAAUGCCAAGUGUGCCUAGAGUGUUACGAUGCGAGGAAGCGAGUCCCACGGAGCCUCAGUUGCAAGCAUACCCUCUGCACAUCUUGCAUUGCCCAGAUCAUGAGAAGAGGGCAACUAAAAUGCCCCUUCUGCCGCACGUUGCAUGCUGGUGCUGUCAUCUCGCCAGUCGAUGUUCCGGUUCAGGGGGAGAUGGCGGCACUGGUGCUAGAGGACUCAAGUUCGAAACCAGAAGGGAUGGCAUGUGAGUCUGUGCCAGAGGCAUCGGGUGUCAACGUACUGAAGUUGCGCAGCGACAUCCAGAAGGCUAAUGCAAAUGGUGCACAUGUUUGGGCAGUGCUAAGGAGGGAAGGAGGAGCACGAGGAAGCCACCGGUGUGCUAAAAUCACUGUGCACGACGAGCGGCUGCACCUCCAUGCCCUCAAAGAUGGGGAGCCGCCAAAGGACUCAAUUACCGUAGAAUACGAUGCCAUACGGAGAAUGGUUGAUGAGAACUACGUGGUCACUUUCCUAGAAGUGAAGAAUGCAGGCGUACUUCAAGGGCGAGUAUACAUCAAACUCUUAGAUGAUGCUGGUCGGACGCGCCAGUUCAUGUACUUCUGCUCGGGGGAGAGAGGACCUUCGUACGCCAACACCCACUUCCUGGAGGUUCUCCACAAGGGCCAGCCCGGGGAACAGGUCUGGGGCGGAGAUUACGAGAAUGAUGAUGGCACUGGGGGAGCAGCUUUACCGGGGAUGGAACGUGGUGAGGAAAACUUCCACAGCAUAGACCCUGGGCUCGUGGUGGGCUACUAUUUCCCAGGUUAUGGCUACGACCACAACCCUUCCCAGUUUGGAAUAUAUGUGGCCGAGUGGUGCUACACCUCAGACAUGUCCUCCAUUGGGAUGGUGAUAGACGGUUUGGACAUAAUCUCUGCGGUGGCCAAGCUUCCAGAUGUUAGAGAAAGCUGUGUGUCUGAUUGUGGAUUUUUGCUGUUUCACUAAGCAGAAGGACAACAGAAAAAGGGAAAGAUUGUUUUAAGAAGGAAGAUUUAGUUGACUGAUAUUUGACCAAUGAAGUUUGUAAAAGGCUAUGAAAAGAUAUGGCGGAUUUCAGGGUUGGCUUGAGUCUUUUCAUCACAAAAAAUAACCAAGUGUGCUUUUUUUUUUUUUUUUUUUUUUUUUAACUCUCUAUAUGUUACCAAAUUUAUUUUCAUGUUAUAUAUCUACUAAAAUGUAGAUCAACAACAAAGGAGGAAACAUGGGAUCAGAUUAGAGAUGGUCACAACACGUUUUUUUUAUGUACUUUUGAGUGUACAAAGGUUAUUUGUAUGUGUAAUAGUGCAGAUGUGUUAUAUGUGCUGUUGACCCAUUCAGUGUUUUUGGCAGUUAUUCAAUAGUUGAUUGUUAACCCCUCCACUGUCUCAUCAUUCAUAUUUCUCAUAAAUUCAUUGUUUUUUUGUCACCGUUUUCUCAUCAUGCUCAUUAACAUUAUGCAUUCUCAUUACUAUAAUGUAUUUGUAAUUCUGCAUAAAACAUGUAAAAUACCAUGUUUAAAGUGGUCUAAAAUAUGCUGUGAGAUUGUACAAUGUUUUUCCAGCAAUUUCUUGAAUCUCACCAAGAAUUGGAUAGGUGUGAAUUAGGUAUAUCAGGAGUAUAUAUACAUAUAUAUAUUUUGUUGUUGUUGAAGAAUACAGGAUAGAACAGAAUGGCAUAAAAAAAAUUAAAAAAUUGAGAAAAAUUAAAUGUAAAAACCUCAUUACGAAAUUGGAGGAAUGGCACUCAGCGAACACUAUACUCCUUCUAAUUUCAGAAAAGGAAAAACUGACAACACAAUCUUGGACUCUGUAGUGCUUUGAUUUGCCUGGUCUCUUGAGAAAAGUAAUAUAUAUGAAUGUAUGUGAGUUUUAAAAUUACCAAAGAUAUAUAAACCUAAGUAUUAAGUGUUACCUGAUUAGAAUUUAAAAGAGACUUGGCGAAUCAGAGUACUCCUGAGUUGAGGGUGAGUUGCCAGUUAUAUUUCUCCCGAAAUUGGGGGCAAUAUAGAUGACUUAUUUAUUCCAAGAGCGUGACACAUUCAUCGUCGUGGAUACCGUUGUAUCAAGAGAGUGAUCAAAGGUGCAAAAUAAAAUAGAAAAAUCCAACGAGAAAUGAAGAAAUGAACUUUCUGCAAAUAAUAAAUGCAUGUCUGUUGUGUCGGUCUAUGCAAAGAUAUCUUUCUUCUACUGCAAUAAUAUUGUUCUUAAGCAUGCAUGUCUACAGUCGAUUCUGGAUUUCACCUUGUCCGGCCCCACACCUUUUGCGUGUGUGCUAUCAUUCUAUCAUCCUGUUCCCUAAUCUAAUAGAAGAAAUAUAGACAAAAUUUCCACGUAGAGAUCACUGUGAACUAGAAAACACACGUUACUGUUGUCGCUGGGAACUGCUUGUCUGUCUUGAAAGUUUUCGAUGCUGAAAAUUCAUCUCCAUUCUAUAUAGAUAUAUAUUCAUGCAUGACUUCACAUAUAAGGGGAAAAUAUCUGUUUUUUCCACCUCUCACUGACGCUUAUUAUUAUUAAAGAUUUUCUAUGU